UCCUGAAGAGCGCCUGGUUGCCUGCCAGCAGACAGCUCCCGGCUUCUGAGAUCUUCACCCAGCCACCCAUGACCACCUCCGACUCCGAGCACUCCUCGGGUAUCGAGAUGUCCAACCGCGCCGACGCCGCGCCCGGCGCCCCGGCCGGUGGCAACAGCCCCCCCUCGACCGACGGGUCCUUCUCCGACACGUCGGCCAAUUCGCUGCCCGAUGGCGGCGCCGGCUCCCCCGGCGGCGGCCAUUCCGGCAAGGAGCCCCUCCCCUUGGAAGAGGAGAUCGAGGAGCCCUACAACAUGGAAGUCCUCGAGGAUGAGCCCAUCGAGGAGGAGGACAAGUCCGCCAACGGCCCGAAGGUCGGCCUGCUGACCCUCUUCCGGUAUGCCACCAAGACCGAUGUGGCCAUGAUCCUGUUCGGGUUCCUGUGUGCCGCCGGUCAUGGUGUCCUGCAGCCGCUCUUCUCCGUCAUCAUGGGGUCCAUCAUCAACUCCUUCGGUGGCCCGGUGGACCUGGUGAAGGAGGUGUCCAAGUCGGCCGUUUGGUUUGUCAUCUUCGCCGGCAUCGCCUUCGUCACGUCCUACUUCCAGGUGGCCACCACCAUGUACACUUCGCACAUGCAGGCCAACCGCAUUCGCGAGCACUACUUCCAGUCGAUGAUGCGCCAGGAGAUGGGCUGGUUCGACACCCAGAAGCAGGGGUCCGUCACGUCGCGCAUUUCCUCCGACGUCUUCCUCAUCCAGGAUGCCAUCUCCGACAAGCUGGCCUCCAUCGUCCAGAAUGUGGUCAUGUUCAUCGCCGGCUUCGCCGUGGCCUUUGCCUAUUCCUGGAAGAUGACCCUGGUCAUCAUGUCCCUGACGCCGCUGAUCAUGGUUUGUGGCGGCAUCAUGGGCAAGGUCAUCCAAUCCUUCGCCCUGGAGGGCCAGAAGGCCUACUCGAUUGCCGGGUCCGUGGCCGAGGAGGUCUUCGGUGCCAUGCGCACGGUGGCCGCCUUCGGCGGUGAGCACCGCGAAAUUGGCCGCUACUCGCGUGCCCUGAUCCCGGCUCUGCGCAGUGGCGAGAAGAAGGGCCAAGCCUCCGGGUUGGGCAUUGGCUCGGUCUUCCUGGUCAUCUAUUGUGCCUAUGGCCUGGCCUUCUGGUAUGGCUCGACCCGGAUCAAUGCCGGCGAGCUGGAUGCCGGUAAGGUGAUUGUCGUCUUCUUCUCCGUCAUGAUGGGCUCCAUGUCCAUCGGUACCGCGGCCCCGAACUUCGCCACCCUGGCCCAGGGCCUGGGCGCGGCGUAUGACAUUUUCAAUGUCAUCGACCGUGUGCCGGAGAUCGACAACCUCAGCGACGAGGGUCUCAAGCCCGAGGGGGUGGUCGGCAACAUCGAGUUCCGGGACAUCCACUUCACGUAUCCCUCGCGUCCGGACACCAAGAUUCUCAAUGGCCUGAAUUUGUCGGUCAAGGCCGGCACCACGGUGGCCCUGGUUGGUCACUCGGGCUGCGGCAAGUCCACCACCAUCGCCCUGCUGGAGCGCUUCUACGACCCGGCCUCCGGCACGGUGACCCUGGACGGCAACAACCUGAAGGACCUGUCCAUCCGCUGGCUGCGGUCCAAUGUGGCCCUCGUGUCGCAGGAGCCGGUCCUCUUCUCCACCACCAUCUACGAGAACAUCCGGUAUGGCAAGCUCGAUGCCACCCAGGAGGAGAUCGAGGCCGCCUGCCGGAUGGCCAACGCCCACGACUUCAUCAGCAAGCUCCCGCUCAAGUACGAGACCAUGGUCGGCGAGCGUGGCGGCCAGCUGUCCGGCGGCCAGAAGCAGCGCAUUGCCAUUGCCCGUGCGCUGAUCUCCAACCCGAAGAUCCUGCUGCUGGAUGAGGCCACCUCGGCGCUGGACAACCGGUCGGAGCGCGUGGUGCAGGAUGCCCUGGACAAGGCCUCCAAGGGCCGGACGACGAUUGUCAUUGCUCACCGGCUGUCGACCGUGCGCAAUGCCGACAUGAUUGUGGCCUUCGACAAGGGUCCGGUUCUGCAGAAGGGCACCCACGACGAGCUGAUGGCCGAGGGCGGUCUGUACAAGUCCCUGGUCGAGCGCCAGAUGAUGGCCGAGGAGGCCGCGCGCCUGAUCAAGGCCAAGCAGGCCCAGGUCGCCGGCAAGGACGCCGCCGCCGUGCAGGAGGAGGAGAACACCCUCUAUGAGGAUGACAUUCCGGACGUCCUGCCCACCAAGGCCAUCGAUGUGGAGGACGAGCACAUGGUCCCUGCCCAGAAGAUGGGCUUCUUCGAGUCGAUCAUCAAGCACCCGAUUGCUCGUGCUUUCUCCUAUUGCAAGGACGACUGGCCGUAUGUCAUGCUGGCCGCGGCUGGUGCCUUCUUCUCCGGCAUCAUCUUCUCGGCUUACUCCUUCAUCUCCACGGAGCUGAUCAAUGCCAUGAUCUUCUUCACCGGCGACAAGCUGAUGGAGGCCGCGCGCACUUGGGCCCUGGUCUUCCUGGGUCUCGGCAUCUAUGCCCUGCUGUCGAACUACCUGCUGAAUGUCGGGCAGUUUGUGUCGGCCGAGCGCCUGACCGAUCGCAUCCGUAAGCUGGCCUUCAAGACCAUUGUCCGGCAGAACAUCGGCUGGUUCGACCUGCCGGCCAAUGCCACCGGUGCCCUGGCCACUCGGCUGUCCUCGGAUGCCACCUAUGUCCAGGGCGGCACGACCACGCGUUUGGCCAUGAUGCUGCAGAUUGCGGCGACCCUGAUUUCCGGUGUGCUGAUUGCCAUGAUCUCCUGCUGGCGCAUUGGCCUCGUGGUGACGGCCUGCAUGCCGCUCUCCAUUUCCGGCGGCUUCUUCCGGAUCAAGGCCGUGGUUGGCUUCAAUGAGCGCACCAAGAAGGCCUACGAGAAGAGUGGCUUCUAUGCGGUGGAGUGCAUUUCCAACAUCCGCACCGUGGUGUCGCUCAACCGGCAGGAGACCUUCUCCACCAACUUCAGCGACUCGCUCGAGGGCCCGCGCAGCUCCUGCGCCAAGAGCUCCAACCUGUCGGGCGUGGCUUUCGGCUUUGCCGAGUGCAUUGGGUUCCUGAUUUUCGCCCUGGCCUUCUGGUAUGGCUCGGUCACGGUCGAUCAGGGCCAUUGCGACUUCGCCCAAAUGAACCGCGCCAUCAUCGCCGUAGUGUUCGGGUCCAUGACCGUCGGCCAGCUGGCUUCCUUUGCCCCGGAUUAUGCCGAGGCCAAGCGCUCGCUCCGGUCCAUCUUCGAGCUUCUGGACCGCCAGACCCCGAUCGACGCCCUGUCCGACUCCGGCAACAAGAUCAGCCGGGUGGAGGGCCGCAUCGAGUUCCGGGACAUUCGCUUCCACUACCCCAACCGCGAGGACAACCCCAUCCUCCGGGGGAUUAGCUUCACGGCCGAGCCGGGGCAGACCGUUGCCCUGGUCGGUCCGUCUGGCUGUGGUAAGUCCACCCUGAUCCAGCUGCUCGAGCGCUUCUACGACCCGGUGGGUGGCCAGAUCCUCAUCGAUGGGAUGGACACCCGGGACAUGAACAUCGCCUCGCUGCGGCAGAACAUCGGCCUCGUCCAGCAGGAGCCCAUCCUCUUCAGUGGCACCAUUCGCGAGAAUGUGCGCUAUGGCAAGCCGGAUUGCACCGAUGAGGAGAUCCUCCAGGCCACGCGCUUCUCCAAUGCCCACAGCUUCAUCCAGGGUCUCUCGCGCAAGUACGAGACUCGUGUCGGUGACCGUGGUGCCCAGCUGUCCGGCGGUCAGAAGCAGCGUGUGGCCAUUGCCCGUGCCAUUGUCCGGACCCCGCCGAUCCUGCUGCUGGAUGAGGCCACCUCGGCGCUGGACUCCGAGUCGGAGGCCAUCGUGCAGGACGCCCUGGACAAGGCCGCCAAGGGCCGGACCACCAUCGUCAUUGCCCACCGGCUGUCGACCAUCCGCAAUGCCGACAAGAUUGUCGUCAUUGAGAAUGGCCAGGUCCUGGAGUCCGGCACCCACGACGAGCUGAUGGACAACCAUGGUCUCUACGCUCUGCUGGUCAGCCAGCAGGCCGGUCUGUAA